GGAGUGUAGGAGGAGAAAGCUGAGGAGGAAAGACAGAACAUUUCAACAUUUAAUAGCGAACUGAAGGGCUACCGACAAAAAAUAGCGUCUUUCCGACAUUCCUCUUCAUGCAAUUGCAGAGGAGCUGCUUGCAAUAAAAUAAACCCUGCAAAGUUCUCUGGACAGUUCUGAUAGCAAAAACUAGCAGCAGCAGUAAGCCAAGGUAAGAGCCGGAAGUGACGCAACAGCGGACCCGAAAGCGUGAUUCCCAUUCAAAAUACAAGUACAAGAAAAGGAUUUUAAAAAGUAUCAGAAGCACUUUUAUUUUGAAAAACAGCAUUUCCGGCGACUCUCUUGGAAAUUUUGCUCUGGUCGCCUUCACACUGCUUAUCAAGACUAGGGUCCGACAUCGCCACUCUCGCCAUGGCAGGAGCCGGAGGCGGGGGAAACGAUGUGCAAUGGUGCUUUUCACAAGUGAAAGGGGCGAUUGAUGAUGACGUAGCCGAAGCCGACAUCAUCUCUACUGUGGAGUUCAACCACUCAGGGGAGCUGCUAGCCACAGGAGAUAAAGGCGGACGAGUAGUCAUCUUCCAACAAGAGACCGAGAACAAGAGUCAGCCACAGUGCCGUAGUGAAUACAAUGUUUACAGCACAUUUCAGAGCCACGAGCCUGAGUUUGACUACCUGAAGAGCUUGGAAAUCGAGGAGAAGAUUAACAAGAUUCGCUGGCUACCACAGAAGAACGCUGCACAGUUUUUGUUGUCCACUAAUGAUAAAACUAUAAAGUUGUGGAAGAUCAGCGAGCGGGACAAGAGACCAGAGGGAUACAAUCUGAAAGAAGAGGAUGGACGCUAUAGAGAUGCUUCUACCAUCACAACUCUACGGGUGCCAGUAUUUAGGCCUAUGGAUCUCAUGGUGGAGGCCAGUCCGCGAAGGGUCUUUGCCAACGCUCACACCUACCACAUCAACUCCAUCUCGGUCAACAGCGACAAUGAGACCUAUCUGUCUGCAGACGACCUGCGCAUUAACUUGUGGCACUUGGAGAUCACAGACCGCAGCUUCAGUAUCCUACAAACUACAGCAG